AUGAAGUUGCUGCCUGCAUCUGGCCUCGCUCUCCUCCUCAUCACGGCUUUGAACUUUUCCUCUGCAGCCCCCUCCCUAUUUGCAGCCACCCCCAGGACCUCAAGGAACAACUACCACCUCGCACAGGCAUAUCUUGACAAGUUCUACACAAAGAAAGGAGGGCACCAGGCUGGUGAGAUGGUUGUACGAGGAAGCAAUUCCAUAGUAAAGAAGAUUAAGGAGCUGCAAGCAUUCUUUGGCCUUCAAGUCACGGGGAAGUUAGACCGGUCCACAAUGGACGUGAUCAAGAGGCCUCGCUGCGGAGUCCCUGACGUGGCCAACUACCGCCUCUUCCCAGGUGAACCCAAGUGGAAAAAAAAUACCUUGACAUACAGAAUAUCCAAAUACACCUCGUCCAUGACCUCUGCUGAUGUAGACAAGGCGGUAGAAAUGGCUUUGCAGGCCUGGAGUAGCGCUGUUCCUCUGAACUUUGUGAAAAUAAAUUCAGGAGAAGCAGAUAUCAUGAUAUCUUUUGAAACAGGAGAUCAUGGGGAUUCCUACCCAUUCGAUGGGCCCCGCGGGACGCUAGCCCAUGCAUUUGCACCUGGAGAAGGCCUGGGAGGAGAUACACAUUUCGACAAUGCUGAGAAGUGGACUAUGGGAAUGAAUGGUUUCAAUUUAUUCACCGUUGCUGCUCACGAAUUUGGCCACGCCCUGGGCCUGGCCCAUUCCACAGACCCCUCGGCGCUGAUGUACCCAACUUAUAAGUACCAGCAUCCCUAUGGAUUCCACCUCCCCAAGGAUGACGUGAAAGGGAUCCAGGCAUUGUACGGACCUCGGAAACCAUUCCCAGGGAAGCCCACUGUGCCAAAUGUGCCUCCUCAUAACCCGUCCAACCCUGACCUCUGUGACUCCAGCUCAUCCUUUGAUGCGGUGACAAUGCUGGGGAAGGAGCUUCUACUCUUCAGGGACCGGAUUUUCUGGCGGCGGCAGGUUCACUUGAUGGCAGGGAUCCGGCCCAGCACCAUUACCAGCUCCUUCCCACAGCUCAUGUCCAACGUGGAUGCAGCUUACGAAGUGGCUGAGAGGGGCACCGCUUACUUCUUUAAAGGCCCCCACUACUGGAUAACAAGAGGAUUCCACAUACAAGGUCCUCCUCGGACUAUUUACGACUUUGGGUUUCCAAGGUACGUCCAGCGAAUAGAUGCCGCCGUCUAUCUCAAGGAUGCUCAGAAGACUCUCUUCUUUGUGGGCGAUGAGUACUACAGCUAUGAUGAACGAAAAAGGAAAAUGGAAAAAGACUAUCCAAAGAAUACUGAAGAGGAAUUUUCAGGAGUAAAUGGACAAAUAGAUGCUGCUGUGGAAUUAAAUGGCUACAUUUACUUCUUUUCAGGACCAAAAGCAUACAAGUAUGACACAGAAAAGGAAGAUGUGGUUAGUGUGCUGAAAUCUAGUUCCUGGAUUGGUUGCUAAAGAGAAAGGUCUAGUCUUUCCUAAGGAGUGAAGAAGACUGCAAGCAGCCGAUAACUGGGUUGAAGGACUAAAGCAGAAAUUAGGGUAGGGAUUCUUCCCAUGGCCUUCAGUUCUAAGGGCAACUUAGAGUUCACUGAAAAGAAUUAUGCUUCUACAUUUUUUUUCAUAGUUGUGGAUUCAUAAUUUUAAUCCAAAUGAGAAAUUCCUAUUGGUCAACUUCACACAAAAUCAGAAUCAACCCAGUGUACUUUUCAGUUAGACACUCAUUAUUUCUUUUCUUACCUAAUAUCCUGAAGUAAAUUGAUAACUUUGGAUUUUAUUUCCAAGAAGAGCCUCCCUGACAUACGUUAUAGUUUUUUUGUAGGAAAUGGCCAUUACCAUACAAAUUAUAAUUAUUCUUUACAAGUUGUGGCUUUUGUGGCCUUAACGUUUGCUAUGAUGAAUAUGAAUUUAUCCUUCUGUACUUUAAACAUACCACAAACAAAAGACUGUGUACGUUUUGUUUCUCAUUUCUAUUCGUUUAUGUGUACUCACUGGUCUUUGAAGUAGGUUAUGGCAGGAAAACCUAUUCAAGUGAAUUUUCAUACGAGUCAAGAGGUAGGCAUUUUGCAACAGGAAAACUUUCAACAAAAGCCAAUUAAAAUGUUUUAUAAGAACAAUUUUUUCAUUUCUCUUUUCAGUUAAUAUUUACUAGCUUCUAUCACAUUUUACUUGGCAACAAAUUCCAUGUACCUGUAAAAAAAAAAAAAAAGAAAAAACUCAAACCUUGAGAUAGUAUGUGAGUAUACAGAGCCAGAAUAAAUAACAGUAAUUCACUCUAUUUGCUGCUUCUUGACAAUAAAAUGCCCUCAAUGAG